GCUGGGAUUCUCACCGUCCGCCCGGAGUGUGGAGUGUGAGGCUCGCACAGUCCCGGCUGCCCCGCGUCUCGCCGGAGCCGGAAAGGGCACGGGUCCGGGGCGAGGGCCGGCCGGGCGUGUUUGAUGGCUUCACUGAGAAGAGUCAAAGUGCUGCUGGUGUUGAACUUGAUAGCGGUGGCCGGCUUCGUGCUCUUUCUGGCCAAGUGCCGGCCCAUCGCUGUGCGCAGCGGAGAUGCGUUCCACGAGAUUCGGCCGCGCGCCGAGGCGACCAACCUCAGCGCGCACGGCGCCAGCCCCAUCCAGGACGCGGUCCUGAAGCGCCUCUCGCUGCUGGAGGAUAUCGUCUACCGACAACUGAAUGGCUUAUCCAAAUCCCUUGGUCUCAUUGAAGGUUAUGGUGGGCGGGGCAAAGGGGGCCUUCCUGCUACCCUUUCCCCAGCUGAAGAGGAAAAAGCCAAGGGACCCCAUGAGAAGUAUGGCUACAAUUCCUACCUCAGUGAAAAAAUCUCGCUGGAUCGUUCCAUUCCGGAUUAUCGUCCCACCAAGUGUAAGGAGCUGAAGUACUCCAAGGAGCUGCCCCAGAUCUCCAUCAUUUUUAUCUUCGUGAACGAGGCCCUGUCGGUGAUCCUGCGGUCGGUCCACAGCGCUGUCAACCACACGCCCACACACCUGCUGAAGGAGAUCAUCCUGGUGGAUGACAACAGUGACGAAGAGGAGCUGAAGGCCCCCUUAGAGGAGUACGUCCACAAACGCUACCCGGGGCUGGUGAAGGUGGUGCGAAAUCAAAAACGGGAGGGCCUGAUCCGAGCGCGCAUUGAGGGCUGGAAGGCGGCCACCGGCCAGGUCACUGGCUUCUUUGAUGCCCACGUGGAAUUCACUGCUGGCUGGGCCGAGCCGGUUCUCUCCCGAAUCCAGGAGAACCGGAAGCGGGUGAUCCUCCCGUCCAUCGACAACAUCAAGCAGGACACCUUUGAGGUGCAGCGGUACGAGAACUCGGCCCACGGGUACAGCUGGGAGCUGUGGUGCAUGUACAUCAGCCCCCCGAAAGACUGGUGGGACGCCGGAGACCCUUCUCUCCCCAUCAGGACACCAGCAAUGAUUGGCUGUUCCUUCGUAGUCAACAGGAAGUUCUUUGGUGAAAUCGGUCUCCUGGACCCUGGGAUGGAUGUGUAUGGAGGAGAAAACAUCGAACUUGGAAUCAAGGUAUGGCUCUGCGGGGGCAGCAUGGAGGUCCUGCCUUGCUCACGGGUGGCCCACAUCGAGCGGAAGAAGAAGCCAUACAAUAGCAACAUCGGCUUCUACACCAAGAGGAAUGCUCUCCGGGUGGCUGAGGUCUGGAUGGACGAUUACAAGUCUCAUGUGUACAUAGCGUGGAACCUGCCGCUGGAGAACCCAGGAAUCGACAUAGGUGAUGUCUCUGAAAGAAGAGCCUUAAGGAAAAGUUUAAAGUGUAAGAAUUUCCAGUGGUACCUGGACCACGUUUACCCAGAAAUGAGAAGAUACAAUAACACCAUUGCAUACGGGGAGCUUCGCAACAACAAAGCAAAAGAUGUCUGCUUGGACCAGGGGCCGCUGGAGAACCACACAGCAAUACUGUACCCAUGCCACGGCUGGGGACCCCAGCUGGCCCGCUACACCAAGGAAGGCUUUCUGCACUUGGGAGCCCUGGGGACCACCACGCUCCUCCCCGACACCCGCUGCCUGGUAGACAACUCCAAGAGUCGGUUGCCCCAACUGCUUGACUGCGACAAGGUCAAGAGCAGCCUGUACAAGAGGUGGAACUUCAUCCAGAAUGGAGCCAUUAUGAAUAAGGGCACUGGGCGUUGCCUGGAGGUGGAGAACCGUGGCCUGGCUGGCAUUGACCUCAUCCUCCGCAGCUGCACGGGACAGAGGUGGACGAUUAAGAAUUCCAUCAAAUAGUGGGGAGGAGCUGGGGACCCGGAGACUGGCCCCCAGGGCAGGGUCUGCCCGUGCUCUGGCCCAGCUACGCUGGUGGAGAAACAGCUGGGAGCCAGCAGGUGCUCGUGGGCUUCUCCAGGGCAGCAUGG